UUUUAUUUACACGAAAGAAAAUGUUAUUACGAAAAGCUAGCCUGCACGGAAUACCGAAUUUAAAGAUUACUGGUGAUUCUCCAUUGAUCUUAGCUUAGGAAGCAGCAUUUUUUCGUCCUGAUUCGUUUGAGACAGAGAUCGGAGUGGCGUUUAGUAUGGAAAAAGAUGUGGAGUAUGUCACAUUUACGUGUAACGACCAUCUCAAAAAGACCUUCAGACGUUUUGAAAAUUUCCGAAAAAAUUCAAUACUCUGUGACAUCAAGCUUAUCGUCGAGGAAAAGAAAAUACAAGCUCAUAAACUGGUUUUGGCGGCAUUUAGUGAUUACUUCAGUGCCAUGUUUACUGGAGAUAUGUCUGAAACAAGUCAGUCCACAGUCCACCUGACAGAUAUGAAUUCGGUUGCCGUAGAGGCACUCAUUCAAUACGCCUACACUUCUGAAAUCCAAAUCAGGGUUGAUAAUGUCGAAAAUUUACUAUCGGUUGCUUGUAUACUACAGAUUGAAGAAGUAAAAAAAGCAUGUAGUGAAUUUAUGAGCAAUCAACUUCAUCCUUCGAACUGUUUAGGGAUUCGUGCGUUCGCAGACGGCCAUGGUUGUGACGGCUUAUUUAAUGCCAGCGAUCAGUACACAAAAGACCAUUUUGUUGAAGUAAUAGAUAACCAAGAAUUCUUUGUUUUGCCCGAUGAACGUUUGGCCGAACUUCUUUCGAGUGAUGAAUUAAAUGUUCCUUCCGAAAGUCAAGUUUUUGCCGCGCUCAAAACUUGGACACAACAUGACUUACAGAACAGAAAACAGUUUCUUCCUCGCUUGUUGUCCCUAGUACGACUCCCUCUGUUAUCUACACAAUACCUCAUAGACCAUGUUGAAUCUUGUCCACUGUUUCGUGACCUGAGUCCAUGCAGAGAGCUGAUACUGGAAGCGAUGAAGUAUCAGCUCUUACCAAACCGAAAGCUUCAGAUGCAAUCAUCUAGGACGAAACCCAGAAAAUCUACUGUGGGAAAAUUAUUCGCAGUAGGAGGAAUGGAUUCCUCUAAGGGUGCUAUAAACAUAGAAGAAUAUGAUGUACGCAAGAACACUUGGACCCUUGUGGGACCCAUGGCAUCAAGGCGAUUGCAGUUUGGAUUAGCAGUUUUAGAUGGUAAAUUAUUUAUUGUUGGUGGUCGUGAUGGACUCAAGACGUUAAACACAGUAGAGUGCUAUAAUCCUGUAACUGCACAGUGUUCACCAGUGACUUCUAUGAAUACCCAUCGGCAUGGUUUGGGCGUGGCUGUUUUGAAUGGUCCUCUAUAUGCUGUUGGAGGGCAUGAUGGAUGGUCAUACUUGAGCACCGUUGAGAGGUAUGACCCAGAAACUAAGCAAUGGAGUUUUGUCACAGCUAUGAGUACCCCUCGCAGCACAGUAGGAGUUGCUGUUUUGGAUGGCAAACUUUAUGCUGUGGGUGGAAGAGAUGGUUCGUCAUGCUUAAAGUCAGUGGAAUGCUAUGAUCCCAAUACUAACAGAUGGACUUUAGUAUCUCCAAUGUUAAAACGAAGAGGAGGUGUUGGUGUUACUGUGCUUGGCAAUUUUCUGUAUGCCAUGGGAGGACAUGAUGCUCCAGCGAGCCAAGACUCUUGUAGACAGUUUGAAUCUGUUGAGCGAUACGACCCCAAGACAGACCAGUGGACAAUGGUUGGGUCUAUGAUAAACUGCAGGGAUGCAGUAGGUGUGUGUUGUUUAGGUGACAAACUGUAUGCAAUUGGAGGAUACAAUGGGUCCAAGUAUUUAAGUGCUGUUGAAGUGUACGACCCACUUACAAAUGAAUGGAAACAAGUAGCUUCUCUAAACGCAGGCAGAGCUGGAGCCUGUGUUGUAGCUGUUCCUAAUUAUAUAAAAUGAUAUCUGAAGUCCAACCCCAGAAAAAGUUAACCCAAUUAUUAAAACUCCUCUCAUUCUAAAGAUUUAUAUAUUUCCUUAUUGAGGGGAUUAACAUUUUAAACCUUUCUCCCCUACAAAGGAAUAAUCAUUCUCAUCAAGGUGUUGGUUUACAAAUCUGGUACAUUAAAAUAUCGACUUUUUAUCAUGAGCCACAAUGUCUAGCAUUCCCAGAUUAUCAUGAUUCAGAUUCCUUUCAGGAACUCAGAUACUUUUUUGCCUGAGUUCAUCUGGAUAAUAUUUAAUUAUUUAAUAAAAAUAGACCCCUGGAAAUAAUUCUAGCAUCAAUCCCUGUGAGGCACUGAUAUUAUUAUAAUAUCAAUAACUUUGAAUGAGGAGAAGACUCAUAAGAAAGUAGUUGCACAAUCUUGCUAGAAAUUCUGUAAAUUUAUGGGACAGACAUGAUAGCAUACAUAAGCCACAGAAUGAACCUGGUCAACUGGAGUUUGCAUUUUAACUCUUAUUUCUUAUCCCUAGACUGUGUGCAGCCAGACUUUUCCCUUGUAUAGUAACAGUUAAUUAGGUCGGCUGCAUGCAGGCUACUUAUCUCCAGGUCAUAUUUGUUUGUUUGUUUGAAGUUUUGAUUUGUUUGUCCACUUAAUUGCRCUCUUAUCCUGAGGAGUAUCAGCAUACGUUUCAUGUUCUUUUGACUUCUAGAAAUCUCAAAACUAUUUUCCUAUUAAAAUCUUUUGACCUGUUGCC